UCAACAUUCAAUCCGACUCCCCAGCCAUAAGAGGAUGCUAUCGGCGGUGAUGUUGUGUGUGGCGGUGGCUGCGGCGUCCGCAGCCCCGCAGUACAGAUAUAACGUGACCCCAAGUCCCAGCUUCAGCGCCGGAGGAGGAGGACUUGGUGUUGGAGGUUUCGGCGAGACAGGAGGAGGCUUUCGAGGCUCCGGAGUAGGUGGAGCCUUUGGAGGUUCAGGUGUGCUUGCUAGCGGAUUAUCUCCCGGAGGAUUCGGGAUUAGAGAUAGCGGUGGAUUUGAAGGUUCUACAACGGGUAUUACAGGUUCAUCUGCUGGACGGUUCGGUAGUCGAGCAUUUGGAGGCUCAGGAUUAUCUUCUGGAGGAUUUGACACAAGAACGAGUGGGGCAUUUGGAGGUUCAGCUGUUAGUAGUAGAGGAUUAUCUUUUGGAGGACAAGAGAGUGGAGUAUACGGAGAUUCAGCCACUAGAGGCUUAUCCUCUGGAGGGUUCCUCACUGGCACAGGUGGAGCAUUUGGCGGUUCCUCUACAGGUAUUAGAGCAACAUCUGCCAGAGGCUUGGGCAGUGGAACAACCGGGAGAUUCGGAACUUCAGGCAUCGGCGGGCAGUCUUCUAUUGCAGGAUUCGGAGUUUCUCCUGGUGUAGGGCUGAGGACUUCAGGCGGCAUCGGUAGCGCCAUCGCUGGAGGGCACAGCCAAUCACGUCCUGUUGUGCCCAUCCUGAGGGACGACCGCCAACAGCCUGAUGUCACUGGGUCAUACAGCUUCGCCUACGAGACUGCUGACGGCACCAGUCGUCACGAGCAAGGCAUCCCCCAGGGCCCGACUGGCGCCGUGGCAACCCAAGGAGGAUGGUCAUUUACUUAUCCUGAUGGAACCCCUGCAACCUUCAACUUCAUCGCUGAUGAGGGAGGCUUCCGCGUGGAGUCCCCCCUGCUGCCCACGCCCCCGCCUCUUCCCGCCCACGCCAUCGCCCAGAUCGAGAAGGCUCGUCACGAGGACGCCGCCGCCGCUGCUGCUGGAGUUGGUCGAGGAGCGUUUGGAAAUGACGGAAGCUUCGAUGGUAGACAAGUUGGAAGCUUCGCUGGCUCACAAACAGGCUACAGUGGCUCGCGGGCUGUAGGAAUUAGAGGAUCAUCAGCAGGAAGCCUGGGAAGCUUCGGAGGUGGAUCAACUGGAAGAUUCGGGAGCUCUUCCGGGGCUGGCUUUGGCACCUCUAGCUUUGGAGGCCAACCUGGAAGCUUUGGAGGCCAACCUGGAAGCUUUGGAGGCCAAACUGGAAGCUUUGGAGGCCAAACUGGAAGCUUUGGAGGCCAAACUGGAAGCUUUGGAGGCCAAACUGGAUUAGGUCUUGGAGGUACUGGUGCAGCCUCCUCUCUUCGUGCUUUCCCGCAGAUCCCCAGCCAGUCCUAUGGUACGCCCUAAGCCCCAUCCCCUCCCCCCAUCACCCUGCAAGACCCACAGCACGACCUUCACACAAUCAACAGGUGUUGUAAUUACUACUUAAUAUUGAAAAUGUCCUAGUCUGCCCUCCUGUCAUGUCAGUCUCAUUUUCUAUGGACGGGUCAUUUUUAUGACAUGUCAAUACAGUACGCUUAUUAAUUUUACUAAUACAUCAAUUAUCAAAAUAAAACCAUUUUAAUACAGUAA